GGAAAAAGCAGCACCGAAUAUAGGAGCAGACUCUGGAGCUGUGUGGUGGAGUGCUUUGUUUCGAACUAAAAGGAUUUUAUAUUUCCCCUGACUGAAGUUUCUUUACCUUCACUAUGGAGAUAGAACCAGAAAAAUUUCACAGUAGUAGAGAUGAAGUGAGCUCAGAAACAGCUUAUCAUUGCUCAGCCUGUCAUGAUGAUGAGGAGUGGAGCUGUGCUAACCCUAUCCGGGGUCGGGCUAAGUCUCGCAGUUUGUCUGCUUCACCAGCCCUAGGGAGCACCAAAGAAUUCAGAAGGACACGCUCCUUACAUGGACCAUGCCCGGUGACUACAUUUGGACCAAAGGCCUGUAUGCUGCAGAACCCAAAAACGAUAAUGCACAUUCAGGAUCCAGCAAGCCAGCGGUUGACAUGGAACAAACCUCCCAAGAGUGUCCUUGUUAUCAAAAAGAUUCGUGAUGCUAGUCUGCUACAGCCCUUUAAAGAACUGUGCGUGUAUCUUACUGAGGAGAACAACAUGAUAGUUUAUGUAGAAAAGAAAGUGUUAGAAGACCCAGCCAUAGCUCAUGAUGAAAAUUUUGGACCAGUGAAGAAAAAAUUUUGCACUUUCAGCGAAGAUUAUGAUGAUAUCUCCAAUCAGAUAGACUUCAUCAUAUGCCUGGGAGGAGAUGGGACCUUACUUUAUGCUUCUUCACUUUUCCAGGGUAGCGUACCUCCAGUUAUGGCUUUUCAUCUUGGAUCUCUUGGAUUUCUUACUCCAUUUAACUUUGAGAACUUUCAGUCCCAAGUUACUCAGGUUAUAGAAGGCAAUGCAGCACUUGUUUUGCGGAGCAGGCUGAAAGUGAGAGUAGUAAAGGAGCACAGAGAGAAGAAAGUGAUACAAAAUGGUAUAGAAGAAAAUGGAAUGGUACCUACAAGUCUAGAGAAAGAAGUGGUCAAGCAAAUCAUGCAAUAUCAGGUCCUAAAUGAAGUUGUUGUCGAUCGUGGUCCUUCCUCCUACCUUUCCAAUGUAGAUGUUUAUCUGGAUGGGCACCUUAUAACCACAGUGCAAGGAGAUGGCGUUAUCGUUUCCACACCGACUGGUAGCACUGCUUAUGCUGCUGCAGCUGGAGCUUCAAUGAUUCAUCCAAAUGUUCCUGCAAUCAUGAUCACCCCAAUCUGUCCUCACUCAUUGUCCUUCAGACCCAUUGUUGUCCCUGCAGGAGUGGAGCUCAAGAUUACACUGUCCCCUGAUGCCCGGAAUACAGCUUGGGUUUCAUUUGAUGGGAGGAAGAGACAGGAAAUCUGCCAUGGAGACAGUAAACAUCUUUCAUGACAUGGAACAGAUCGUGGAACAUUAAUUUUCAGAGUGUACACUUCCUAAAAUGUAAUUUCUAAACAUCCUAUGUAACUACUCCCUCCAAAUUGGACUUAUGCGGUUUUAUUAAAUUUAAUCUAACAUGCAGAGGCAAUUGCAUUAUUUGGCUCUGAGUGAAUUUCUUCAUAGUUUCGCUUGUGAAAGGCACCUUCUCUUCCCACCCAGUGACAAAAUCUUGUUUGGAUCGCUAGCCAGCUGAAAUGAAAACUACAAUCAGAGACGUCUGGAAAGUAAUGUGUUUGGAUGCAUGCUCCUGCUUUAACUUUGGAACAAGUUAUUUAAUCCUGUUUUUCUUACUAGUUUUUUGUAAACAAAGUGACUCAAAUGAUUUGCAUUAAUACUUGAAAGAAUUUGUUUAACUGUAAGAACCCUCCUUCUAGACUCUUAAUUCUUCUAAAUGGCCCUCCACAAGCAAGUAACUAGAACCUUGUCUGUACUUCAAAAGUUUUGCCCACAUGGUUAUGUUGGAUAGGAGUAUAAUUCUCUCUAGCUGUAGUUGUCAUCAAAAAUCUUUUGAAGAUUCAUUUAUACUUGCAAAAAAGUCAAUUUGGCUGCUUAACUUUAUUCCAUUUGGGAAUAAACCAUUUGGUUUCAAGUGUACCGGGAGAAGUUGGUAUAUACUGUAUCUACUUUGUAAACCAGCCACCCUUUUAAGUUUAGACAGGGUGUAAAUGGAGACUUGUAAAUGCAUUUGUUUAAAGAAAAGGCAGUGGUGAAUUCCAGUAAAAGCCUUGAAAAUAAGAAAGAAACAUUGAAAGUUAUUGCAGUACUGAAACUGAUGUAUGGUAUAACUCGAAGUGCACUGAACUGAUUUUUUUUUUAAAUAUCCUGAUGUUUCAUGCUGUUCAUGAUUGGAAACAUGUCAAAUAUUGCUGAGAACAAAUAUUUUCAAUCCUUUAAAUAAACACUUUUUUUUUUGUUAAGCUUGUUUUGUGCAGGAGCAUUUUGACACUCCAGGACAGAAACAGACACUAACUUCUGGAGCCAAAUGCAGUGUAUUAGAGUAAGUUAUAGAGACUGCUGUUCAAGAGAUGAGGCAAAAGUACA